CCCCACCCUUCCCCAGCUUCACCUCUUCGCUCCAAGGCCGGCGGCGCAGCGAUGCCUGAGCCACUGAGGGGCAGCUGUCUCUGAAGCCGAUGGCAAGCCGCCGGCAGCUGGCUUCUGCACCAUGGCCACUCACUCCAGCUUGUACAAUGAGGACAGAAAUUUGCUUCGAAUUAAAGAAAGGGAAAGAAGAAACCAAGAAAUUCAUCUCAACAAAGAACCGUAUCUUGAAAAUGCCCCUCUCUUUGGUGAGCCAUACAAGACCAAUAAAGGGGAUGAACUUUCCAACCGUAUUCAAAAUAUGCUGGGCAACUACGAAGAGAUGAAGGAUUUAAUAAAUAAUACGUCUCAACAGAACUUCAUUGGAAUACCCAAAAGGGCAGUCCCUUUGAUAUCACAAGAAAAAUGCUCGCUCGGUCCAAACAGAAGUAAUAGUUCAAUGCAGCCUUCCUUUCACAGCAAAAAUCCACGAUUAAUGGGACCUCACAGCUCUGCUCCAUCAACAGUCGACUACUCUUCUCAAAAAAGUACUGCAUUAACAGAACAAAAUGGCCAAAGUUCCAAUCAUAACGCUAAAAAUUACAAAUUACUUCAUAAUCGAAGCCAAAAUAAGAACAACUCCUAUAAUGGCCGAGAAACUUGCAAUAGACAUCGUGGGAGGGAUGAUAAGCAAGUAGAUGCAGACAAUCAAGCUGAGGUCCAGUUAUCCCAUUUGCAAGACUUUCAACCAUUGUUACAAUUGUCCUCACUUGUACAGCCCUUGUCUCCUCUGACACCACUAUCCCCCUUACAUUCCAGUGCAUUUACCAAUUCCAAAUUACAAAAUAGCAAUAGCAAAGACUGUCCUCCAUCAAAAUCUCCUCAUGAACUUGGUGUACACUCCGGUGAUCCUGAGAGCUUGUCUUCUGGUCUGAAUGCUUCUGUUCCCAACCAACAUGCAUCUCAAACAUUUCCACCAUCUUUGCCAUCAAAACCAAACAUGACACAACAAAAGCCUACGGCUUAUGUGAGACCCAUGGAUGGUCAAGACCAAGCCCCCAGUAAAUCCCCGGAUCUAAAGCCUCCUUCAGAGGAUUACAGCGAGGAGUCAUUUGGAAGCAUAGCCGAGGUGAAAGUAUGUGCCAGGACAAAGCUGUCCAAACUUAAAAUUCCUUCUCAGCCAGUUGAGGAAACAUUAUCGAAUGAUGUCAAUUGUGUUGAAGAAAUCCUGAAGGAAAUGACACAUUCAUGGCCACCACCUCUCACUGCCAUCCAAACACCUAGCACAACAGAACCAUCAAAAUUUCCUUUCCAAAACAAGGACACCCAUGUCCCUUCUGGCUUUGUAGGACACAAGAAAUGUGAGAUUCCACCAAAAAAUUCACAGUCAGAGAAACCGACGCUUGAACAUGACCUACAGAUCAGCAGUAGUGAUGACAGUGAUGGGGAUCAGGUCACGGAAAAACAGUGCCUAAUUCUGUUCCUAAAAGAGAGUGAAAGCACCUCUACAGACAGUGAAGGAGCAUCAAGUGAAGGAGCAUCAAGAGCUCCCACUCCUGAGAUUGACGUAGAAGCCAGUGAGAGCAAAAAGCAAAGGUUGGAUAAAGAAAAUAAGUUGUCCUCUUCAAGCCAUAAGGAAUCUAGUCAUAAGCGGUGUGUAUCUGAGUUUCUACAUCUCUCCCCGAGAAGGAAGAUCCAUUUGUACCCACCACUUCCAUCUCCUGUACAGAAACCAGCAAAGGUUGCCCACAAACGGCCUGACAGUACAAGUCAUUCUUCUAGCCAAGCCUCCACAAUGAGUGCUAGUGAUACCAAGGUGUCUUACCAGGGUACUGCCAGUAAUACCACUCCAGAACAAUUCCUCCCUAAUGGAAACUCCAAAUCAACAAGGCCUCUACUCAAGUUUGAUGACAAGCAAUAUUCAGUAGAGCAUCACUUGCUGGAAGCCAAAAAAAUAAAGCACAAAGCUGAUGUCAUGUUGGACAAAAUUGGAAAAGCUUUCAACUACUUGGAUGCUGCACUGUCCUUUGUUGAGAGUGGAAUAGCAAUGGAGAGUGAGGCACAGCCACCAAAGUCUGCUUACACCAUGUUUUCUGAAACUGUGGAUCUGAUCAAGUAUACCCUGAAACUAAUAAACUACAAUGACUCAUCAGCAACUCCUGUAGAAAAAAUAUUUGUAGUAUUAUGUAUCCGCUGCCAGUCUCUGCUCUCAAUGGCAAUGUUCAGAUUUAAGAAAGAUACUGCAUUGAAGUACUCAAGGACCUUAAGUGAACAUUUCAAGAGUUCUUCCAGGACAGCUCAAGCUCCAUCUCCUCGUGUUGCCAGGGGCACUGGCACACCUUCUCCACUGUCUCAGACACCAUCCCCUGCCAGCUCUGGAGGCUCCCAGCCAGGAUCUGUCAGUAAUGGUGGAAGUGUUGCCAUUCCACACGUGAUUCAUCAGCUGGCCUCCACCUAUGUCAACAUCACCUCCAUUUUCCUCCAUGGCCAUGACUUGUGGGAACAAGCAGAUGCACUAGCGAAAAAAAACAGGGAAUUCUUCGUGGAGCUUGAUGCAGCAGUUGGCCUUUUAUCCUUGACCAGCAGCAUGACUGAACUUGUACACUACGUCAGACAAGGUUUACACUGGUUGCGUCUGGAAACUAAAUUGCUAUAACAGGAUGCUGAAAACGAUUCUGACAUCUGUCUAUUCAACUUCAGCACCCAAAUCAUGACUGUCCAGUGUUUUUUUUAAAUAAGCAAAAGCAAAUUUAAAGGUAUUUCUGUGCAGCAGAAACUUUAAUAAUGUAGGUUGGAAAUGAAUUAUGGCAAAAAUGAACUGACUGAAUGUUCACACUGAGCAAAAGUGCAAUUUUUUUUCUCUUGAUCCCUCUGAAAUACAGAAUGAUGAAUGCACGGUAUUUGACAUUUCUUUGUUGAAGUAACUCAGAAUGAUAUAAGGCUGGAAAAGUCCCCUCUUGACAUGUGUUAUGGUUAGGAAACGGCAGUAGCUGUUCCCUCUUCUUGUUAGCAGUAAUGCACAUAUUGUGCAUGAACUGCAUGAAUUUAGAAAAAUAUUUAGCAGCUAAAGAAUGUUGCAGUCUCCAGAACAUUGUUGCAGUGAUUUCCUGGAAAGCCUUUGAACACACCGCCUAAUAGACGAGGUGCUUUGGGACGGAGGGUUAUAUAAAUGUUUAGGUCUCCAACUGUUAAUUUUGUUCGCACACUAGGAGCUGUGGAAAAAGGACUUUAUUUUGUGUGUUUUUCUCCCCCUGUAAUUUUCAUACUUACUGCCAUUUCUCUCCUAUUUAUUAGAAACAAGAUAUUUUAUUUUCUCAUUGGCCCGAAGUAUUGCUAGCAAGGGCGUUUAACCAAAUGACCUGGAGAUAAUGGAGGUGGGAUGGGUGUCGGGACAGGGCUGGGUGGGAGGGUUUGUGGGGAUGUUAAUGAGGGAGUAGUAGUUGGAGUAUCCUAUCGGCCAUUAUCUGCUCUUUGGAAAAGCUCAGAUCAAUGCCGCCUGCAUCUCCUCUCAGAACAAAGUUCUUUUAUUGUUCAGCGUGCCUUAGACGUACUACUUUGUAAAUAAGCAGUUGGUUCUGGCUGUGGAUGGUGCUGCUUCAUGGGUAUGGAUUAAGGAAAAUAUGGAAGAUGUGUUGAAUUGUAAUGAAAUUCAUAAGGCAUGAGUACUGUUUGAUUUCCUGUACUGGUCCUUAAUGAGCAACAGUGACAAGGAUCGUUAUUCACUUUUUUCUGUUCCCUGCACAUCAGACGUGUCCUGAGUAAAGGUGAGCAAAUUAUUUGGGUGUGAAAUUACCCUUGUGAUGAUUUUCUACCUAUCGUUUUAUUUUUAUAAUUAGGGGAAGGGGAUUUCUUGCUGUGUUUGAAUAAGGGCAAGGGGAUGUGGGGAACUUUUGAAAAAUGUUGCAACUGUCAAAGAUCUUAGUUAAAAAUAAACCUCCUUUGGUAAGCAGGCAUCUUCAAAACAAAAGUCCUGCAAACUUGCUAGCAAUAUGUAUAGUUUCAAGAGAUCAUGAACAAACCCAAGCUAUUGCUCAUCUCCUGUCUUAAUGCUGUGAAUUAAAUUGUUCCAGCUGCCUCGGGUAAAAACCGUAUAGUCAAUAAACUCCAACUCCUGCUCAAUGUUACUGACAUUCAUUAACUUUAUUUGAAGUUUGUACUUGUGUGUGUGCCACACACACACACACACACACACACACACACACACACACACACACAUUUUGCUGAUUGGAAUUAUUGCAGAAAUGAUCUCAUCUGUAUUAAUCAUUACAGUAAACCCAACUAAAUUGCAAACCCAAAACUGGCUGAAUGGGAAAUGAAUAAAGAUUUUAGAGGAUGAUAUAAUGGCAGGUUGAGUAUAAAGGCUGUGUCAAAAAAAGCUGUUACCAUUAUCAAGAAAUGUAGCAAAAUGCACUUUGACUUGUAAAUAAAUUUCCUUUUAUACUUUCUAUCAAGUACAGUUUCUGAAAACAGAUGAGGGUGUGUUUCAAACUAAGAUAAUAUAAAAGUCUGCUUUAUUUUCCAUUCACCCUCUUAGAAAGUGUUUUCAGAAGCAUUUAAAACUUUUUUAGGUCAAUUUCCAAGCAAUAAUUAUGGUAUUUAAAGUGUAUUGUUCAUUAAAACCUUCAAUGGCAUCUGUUAGUCUAAGUAAGUCGGAGAGCUGGAGGACCUGAAUUUUGAUAAGCCUCUCAUUUUUCUCUUUUAACUAGUCUCUGUUAAGUUCGCAAUAGGGAUGUUUUUGUUGGCUUGGACGCUUCUGUAUUGGGAAAGACCAAAUUUCUCAUUCCUCUUCUGAUUGUUGACAACCAUCCAAAGCACAUGGAUGUUGGAUGAGCACAAGAUCUGGUUCAUUGAAAUAUUACCCCAUCCAACUCCCCUCUAUUAGAAUAAUCCAUCAAUAUGCAUCAGAAAGACGUGAGUAAUCAAAGGGCAACUAGUUUCCAUAGAAUUGCAGCCUAUGGGGAGGAGGGGGGUGGCCAGUAGGGACGAGAAACUAGAAGAGGUGGGAAAAAGUCACUUCCGUGCAAUAAAUAUAUCAUACUCUUACAAAGGACUAUUUUGUUUUUUUUUCCUUGACUUCAAAUUCAGAGGCCGUGCUUCUGCCGUGCAGUCUGCUGCAGGUUGCAUAAAGGCAGCCAGAGUAAUCACUCAAUGUCACCAUUUGCUGCAAGUUAAUGCUUGACUGCGUCUAAUACCAAGGAUCUGUAAUGUAGCAAAAUCAUAGAUAUCCAAAGCUUUCCACUUUCUGAUGAAGUGAACAUACAGUAGUGCAACAUCAUACUGUGCAUUUUAGUUCAAGUUGGUGUCCUAGAGCUGAAAAAUGCCAUCUAACUUUUAUUUUUAUUCUGUUUACAGUCAGCUAUUCAAUAUGUAGAUUUGUUCAAUAUCAGAAAUAAACCCCAAAUCAGACAGAGUCAUUGACAAAGUUUCUCAUAGUGGACAUAAAUUCACAUGAAUGCAGGUGGAGGAAAAUAACUUGUUUUGCUCAAAUUACAGAAAUCUGCAGGACUUCAUUGCAUUUUUAUAAUAUUCAAGAUCCUUGCCUUGAGAAGUUUUAUGUCGGCACUAUUUAGAUUUGAUUUGACUGACACAUGGUAUGUGGAGAAUAACAUAGUUUACUGAAUGGAGGACAGUACAUAACAGUGAUCAUGUGUCUGACUGUUGAACCCAUAAUGACCAUUUUGUGAUAAGCUGAUGUGGUGAGCUGUGCUGACAUCGACAGUGUCAAAAGCCCAAAUACUUAUUGACACUCAUUUUAUUGUUGAGCUAGAAUCCAAAUCCCUCCUCACAACAUCCAGAUACAAUCUUUAACCAGGACACUGAGCUUGGCCAUUGAGUCUUAGGAUUGUGUUCGAUAGAGCUCGGCGACACCAGAGUCAAAUCUGAUUCUGCCCUCUGUGCCACACAAAUAUUAUUUACAGAAGUUCUCUACACCCUGCUUGGACAGGGCAGAAACUUCUAUGUUCCUUAUUUCAGGGUGCUUGAAAAGGACCGAAGAGAAGCAGUGUCCUUCACUGUCACACCGACUAUGCAUGGAUCAAGGUUCAAGUCUGGGACCUGUGUAGUUUGCAUGACUCAGUCCCAUGUCAUACAGGAAUCUUUUUUGUUUCUCCUGACUUAACUCCUUCUACAAGGAUUUUGUUUUUUUUUUUGCUGGAUUUUACUCUCCUUAUCCAUUUAGUGAACAGCAUUUUGGUAGUCUUUCUCGUCACAGGCAAAGUAAUUUACAUAGUAAACAUGGUAAUAACUUUUGUAACGAGGAAUAGCUUUGAUUUUUCGCUGUUUAUUCCACUUUAAUGGUACCUUCCACUUAAAUCUACCAGUCCUGGCAAAAUCUCAGAACCAUACCACUAUCAGACAUAUCCACGAUUAUAAGAUUUGAGUCUUAUAAUCACUGAACUAUGGGACAGUUUUAUAGUUGAAAGACCUUCACAGCUUGUUUUUAAUGUUUUUCUUCCAAGUUUGUAGCAAAUACCAACCAGUCAGAAACUGGAGAAAAGAUGAAAAAGUUCAGAAUAGAUUUCCCCUGAUUCCGUCCUAUGGAGGCCAAGCUUCUACUCACUACUAUUUUUUCUUUCUUUUAUUCCCCUCUCCGUCCUCUACCAACUCACUUAAGUCAUAUAACUCUGUGUGGGAAGCUAUCUUUGACAGCUUUUCCAGUUACAAGACAUUGCUGUUCAAUGGGACUGCCAAUUUUACCAAUAGUGGAGACAUAAACUUUUAAAAUAAACAUAGAAUUUUGCAGUAAGUUACUGUAGUGCCAGUACCUAGCACAUUCAUCUGAAUUUCCCCCAUUUCAUAUUAUACACCCUCACUGUGCCUAUCUUAGCAGAGGCAUCAUGGAUUUGUUCAUUCUAAAUUUGUCAAGACUAUUAAUGUUGCAGAGAGUGGAAUUUCAAAUGAGAAUUAAGUGAUGGAUGCUAGAAUCACACACUGCUAUUUUAGAAAUAAUAUUUCUAGUCAUCCUUCUGAACCAAAUCACAAUAGAAGCAAGCAACAGCUUCAUUACUUAAACAAAAAGCUUGGUUUUGUUCAUUUUCAGCUUGUAGUAAUGGUGCAUAUCCAUGGAAUAAUCAACCAUAGAAAUGAUUACUAUUUCUUUUAAGCACAGAAAUACUAAUCCCAGAUUGCGUUAGCUGGAAGCGGUCCCAAGUUAAUUGGGAGGGGGGAAGAUUGAGUGGUGUUGGGCAAUAGAUAGGGGUAGGGCUGACAUGUUGUGAUGGUCCUAUUGUUGUCUGUUAUCUCCAAUUCCAAGUGAAGGAGGCUGUUCAGAUGUCCUAAGGGCGACUGUUACUCCAGCCGUGAAUUGAGAAGUGUAAUGAUUUGGUGAAAAAGCAUUUUUAAUGAAGCCUUCACCACCACCAGGUAUUAUGCUGAAGUGAAGAAUAUAGAUACUGUUUUGCAUUCUUUUUAAUCUCCCUCAGUUCCCUUCUCCCACCCAUCCUUCCGCACGCAGUGAUGCUGAAUGAUUAUUCGAGCCUUGAAUUAUGCUUUUUUUUGGAAACAAUAUCUGUGAAAUAUAAACAGGAGAACUACAGCAAAAAUAGGGAAGUUUCUGUUACCUGAAAGAAUAGUGGGUCCAAACUGGUUGUGAUUUGAAUUUGUACUUGAUGCAGGGUUAUUUUUGGAAAAACUGAUGAGAUGAAAUGAAUCAAAAUAAUAAGGGAUUUUUGUGUGUAAUUGUGUGUAUUUAUUGUGCCUUUAUUGACCAAGCUGGUUUCUCAAAUACUUUUAUUUAUUUAAUAUGUUGAAUGGCAAGUAAAGUAGGACCUUAAUUUAGUUACCCACUUUAUCUCUUGCCCCAAUCUUAUGUUUUUUAAGCACACCCUUUAGAGACAUGCCAAAUUUCUAUUAAAGCCGAUAAAGUCUCUCAAGUGCUACUUGGUACGCUUGUCAAAUACACUAACAUCUUCUUACGAUGCUACGGGACACCUUCAGUAAUUCUAAAUCUUGUUUGUUGCACUUUUCUUUCUAUUUAAAAUUUUAAAAAAAGGACAGUAUUUGCAACACUCGAAGAGCUUGUGGGGUUUAUAUGCUUGUUUAGGUAAAGAAGAAUUUAUGCAGUAUAACAAUGUUUGUCCUGACCAAAGUAUUGCUAUACAAUAACUCAGCUCCUUAUUUCAGAAUGACUUGGGUUCCACAUUUUACAGUUUGGAAAACAGUUAAUUUUUUGGGUCACUGGAGUCUCGCCAUGUGAUGUGGGUUUCUUCAAAAAGUCAUACCAUAUCAAUAAUUUCAGUUUCUGUUGAAGUGUUUUUCUAUAUAAUAUAUAAAAAUGUGUUCCUUUAUAAAUUGAAGUUUGGCCAAUCAACUCCUUAUUUAACAGCAACAGUGGACUAUCGUUCUCUGCCGUGAAAUGUAUUGGCUUGAAAGUAAAUGUAUUAUUGGAAUACUGGACUAUGCUUCCUUUAUUGUGUUAAUGCAAACUUUACAUUCUUUUUUAAACUGGAUAUUCUGAAAAAUUUGCUCUAUAAAAAUUAAACUUCCAGAAGAACCAAAUCAUGCAAGUAAUCUUUGUAUUUUAGCCUGUUUCCAUAAGAAAUGUAAACUCCGGGGCUUGUGUGAAUAAAUAGCUGCCUCAUACAA